AUGGACGGCCAUGUUGGGCAACUCGUUCUUUCCCGCUGCUCCCAAGCGGAGCAGCUGGCAGUGCGCAUCUCAAGCCGCGGAUCGCUCGCGAUGGCGAUGCUGGCCAUGGAGGAGUUGCGGCUCGCUACGUCUUGCCUAUCCGAGCCCAUAAAGAAGCUCUGCCACCUUCUGCAGCAGCUGCCCCUACGACGUCUGAACCUACAGGGCGUGAAGAAGCUGUCAGUGAAGGCUCUGGAGGAGUUGUUGCGAGCGGCACCUCGGUGCCAAGAGUGCGACGUGCGAUUUGCCCUGCCGCUUCCCUGGCCGACUUUGGGAGCAUGGCUGGAAGGCCUACAUGGAAGAAAUCGGAGGCUGCAGGUGGUACAUUCACUUCAUGCCGAGCCGAGCCCCCUGCUGACACCCUGGGAG